AGUCAUCGCAUCUUGUACAUCAUGGCGGCCAUGAUGGCAACUCGUCGUCCCCGAGGCGACGAGGAUGGCGUUGACGGACGGACUCCUUUGCUCGAAAACCACUCGGUUGAGUCCACAAGCCAAGUGCCAGUUUGGACUGCUCGCCGUCUCUACGUUUCGCACUUCCUGUCGACGUGGAACUCUCGGGUCUUCGAGUUCGGCGCUGUGCUCUACCUGGCGAGGAUCUUCCCGGGGACGUUGCUUCUAAUGUCUCUGUACGCGUUAACCCGCGGGCUUGCCGCCAUUCUCUUUGCCCCGAUUGUCGGACAGUACGUCGACACGGGCAACCGGCUGCAGGUUGUCAGAGUGUCCAUUGUUUCCCAGCGCCUUGCUGUGGCAGCAUCUUGCGUGAUCCUCUACAGCUUCGCCGUCGGGCUGCCGUUAUGCUACGGCGGAGAAACCGGCAUCCUUGUGCUUUUAUGCUUCUUAGCCUGCAUUGAAAAGCUGUCCUCUAUCAUGAAUAUGGUGGCUGUUGAGAAGGACUGGGUUGUUAUUGUCGCAGCCAAGAACCACACGGUCCUGGUUACGAUGAAUGCCCAAAUGCGGCGUAUUGACUUGUUCUGCAACCUCUUUGGCCCCCUUUUCAUUGCAUUGAUCGACGGCUCCUCGACCAAAGCCGCCAUCAUGGUCAACUUCGUCAUGAAUGUCACUUCUGUCGUUGUCGAGUAUUAUGCGAUAGCUCGAGUGUAUCAUGAGGUACCAAAGCUACAAGAACCCAAGCACGAGCCACGACCGGAGGCAGCCGAUAUCGAUGAGGAACAGGUGCCCAAACCUCGGUUUGCCAGAGGUUGGAGGCGGAUUCAUGGCCUCUUUAGCAAGACUGCUGAGAACUUCAGAACUUACUUCCGCCACCGCGCGUUUCUGGCUUCCUUCGCCGGUGCCCUACUCUAUUUCACGGUCCUGAGCUUUGCGAGCCAGAUGGUGACGUACCUGCUCUCGGUGGGCUAUUCUGCCACCCAGGUUGGUCUUGCAAGGACCCUGAGCGUUGGGUUUGAAGUGCUGUCGACAUGGGUGGCGCCCUGGCUUAUGGGACGAGUCGGGCCCGUGAGGGCAGGCCUCUGGCUCAGCAGCUGCCAGCUUACCACGCUGAUCGCGGGUACCGCUCUGUUCUGGAUAUUCAAUGGCAAGCCCGGGGCCUCGGCCAGCAGCCUCAUGGCUGGUACCAUACUCAGCCGUCUGGGCCUGAGAGGCUUCGACCUUUGUGUGCAGCUCAUCGUCCAGGAGGAAGUUGAGGCUGAAAUUCGCGGCGCAUUCUCCUCGGUUGAGGCGGCAUGGCAGAACGCCUUCGAGCUCCUUUCCUUUGCAUCGACCAUCUUUUUCUCCCGACCCGAGCAGUUCAAGUGGCCCUCGCUCAUCUCCGUGGCCGCUGUCGCUUCAGCGUGGGCAGCGUACACGGGCUUUGUCUAUGUCCGCAGGGGGCACUUGCUUCAUCCAUUUAGACGCACUACCGAGGGCUGAGGGUAGCCUCAAGAAAACGAAGUGAAAGGGAGAUGAUAGUUACCAG